GCCGCGGCGACAUUGUGCGGGCUGGGCGGCCGGGCCGCGGCGCGAUGGGCCCGGGGCAGCCGCCUCGGUAGCUCGGCCGGAGCGGCGCCGGGAGCUGGCGGGCGGCGGGCGCGGAGGCGGCGGCGCUGCCGGAGAUGCGCCCCGAGGAGGGCGGCGCGGCCGGGCUGGGCGAGCUGCGCUCGUGGUGGGAAGUGCCGGCCAUCGCGCACUUCUGCUCGCUCUUCCGCACGGCGUUCAGCCUGCCGGACUUCGAGAUUGAGGAGUUAGAAGCAGCUCUUCACAGAGAUGACGUGGAGUUUAUCAGUGACCUGAUCGCCUGCCUACUUCAGGGCUGCUAUCAGCGAAGGGAUAUCACGCCUCAGACCUUCCACAGCUACCUGGAGGACAUCAUCAGCUACCGCUGGGAGCUGGAAGAAGGGAAGCCUAACCCCCUGAGGGAAGCCAGCUUCCAGGACCUGCCCCUUCGCACCCGUGUGGAAAUCCUCCACCGCCUCUGUGACUACCGGCUGGACGCAGACGAUGUCUUCGAUCUCCUCAAGGGCCUGGAUGCAGACAGUCUCCGUGUGGAACCGCUGGGUGAGGACAACUCCGGGGCCCUCUACUGGUAUUUCUAUGGGACGCGGAUGUACAAGGAGGACCCAGUGCAAGGAAAAUCCAACGGAGAGCUCUCUCUGAGCAGGGAAACUGAAGGACAAAAAAAUGUCUCAAGUGUUCCUGGGAAAACAGGGAAAAGAAGAGGAAGACCCCCAAAACGGAAAAAACUGCAGGAGGAAACUCUAGUGAGUGAAAAGCAGGAAGAAAACUCCUUAGCAUCUGAGCCGCAGACAAGAAAUGGGUCCCAGGGGCCAGGCCAAGGCUCCUGGUGGCUCCUGUGCCAGACAGAAGACGAGUGGAGACAGGUCACCGAGAGUUUCCGGGAGAGGACCUCCCUGCGAGAGCGGCAGCUCUACAAGCUCCUCAGCGAGGACUUCCUGCCCGAGAUCUGCAGCAUGAUUGCCCAGAAGGAGACCCCUGUGCUCGGCAGGAUAGAGAAACAGAAGCGCAGGGCGGAGGAGGAGGAGCGCCAGAUCCUCCUGGCGGUGCAGAAGAAGGAGCAGGAGCAGCUGCUGAAGGAGGAGAGGAAACGGGAGCUGGAGGAAAGGGUCAAGGCCGUGGAAGAACAGACGUCUGCCCCUCUGGAGCCCGACGCACCUGUGCUUUGUGUUCACGCAGAUCGCGCCAAGAGAAGGAAGCUCAGGGAAGAGAGGGCCUGGCUGCUGGCUCAGGGCAAGGCGCUCCCCCCCGAGUUGUCCCACUUGGACCCUCCCUCCCCUCCGCGGGAAGAGAAGAGGACGAGAGACCCCUUUGAGCUGGACGACGAUUUCACUGCCAUGUACAAAGUUCUGGACGUGGUGAAGGCUCACAAGGAUUCCUGGCCCUUUUUGGAACCAGUGGAUGAAUCGUAUGCCCCUAACUAUUACCAGAUUAUCAAGGUCCCCAUGGAUAUUUCAAGCAUGGAGAAGAAACUGAAUGGAGGUUUAUACUGUUCCAAGGAGGAGUUUGUGAAUGACAUGAAGACUAUGUUCAGGAACUGUCGAAAAUAUAACGGGGAAAGUAGCGAGUACACCAAGAUGUCGGACAACCUGGAGAGGUGCUUCCACCGCGCAAUGCUGAAGCAUUUUCCUGGUGAGGAUGGGGACACGGACGAAGAAUUCUGGGUCAGAGAGGAGGAGAAGCGGGAGAAGAGGCGUGGUCGGGCUGCACGCAGCCACGUGUGCACCCGCUCCCGGGACUCGGAGGCGCCUGGCCGGAAGCAGCAGCCUGCGGAGAACGGCGGGAAGUCGCUGCCCCCUGGGCGCCGCGCUGCAUCCUCUGCGGCCGGUGAGAGCCGCGGCUCUGCGCAGCCCCCUGGCGAGGUGGGCAUCCCGAGCAGCCGCAGCCUCCCUGGACCCCUGCAUUACGGUGGACCCAGCCAGGCGCCCCUCGCAAGCCAGCUGCAGGACAUUCGUCUUGCGGAUGCGAAGGGUGUGCCUGUUCUCUUCUUCUUCUUGCCUUUGCUCCGUGCCCUCCAGAGGCCAGCAGGACAGGGAACGUUUUGUCCUCUCCGAGGGUCGGAUCCUGCCACCAUCCGUGUCUCCUCUGGAGCCCCAGAGCCGCACCCCGGCGGGCCUGGACAGCAUCCCCAGCCUUUAGCAGUGCAGCCUCCAGCUGGAAUUAACCAUCACCGAGGCCCCCCCGACGAGAAGCCGGUGUGCGGGGGCCUAGCGCCCCUUGCUGACAUGGGAUCGCGUCCUGGACCCUCGCUGCUCGGGCAGAUGAGCAGCCCCAGCCAGGAGGGGACUAUGUAUCCUCCAGCUCAUUUCCAGCCAGGCUUUAUCCCUCCCAGGCACGGUGGGGCUCCGGCCCGACCCCCAGCCUUUCCUGAGAGUUCAGAAAUCCCUCCCAGCCACAUGUACCGAUCCUACAAGUACCUGAGUCGAGUACACUCUGCAGUCUGGAAUGGGAAUCACGGUGCUACAAAUCCAGGACCCUUGGGGCCAGAUGAGAAGCCCCCCAUGGUGCCAGGACCCUCUCACCAGCCUCGCACUCUGGGUCACAUGAUAGAUUCCCGAGUGAUGAGAGCACCCCUCCCCCCAAACCAGUGGCCAGAACAAUCAGGCUUCCUACCUCACGGAGUUCCUUCUUCGGGGUACAUGCGACCACCCUGUAAACCUGGUGGACAUCGGUUCCAGCCCCCUCCAGCACCAACGCAAGGUUCUCUCUUUGGAGCACCGGCCCAGGCCCUGCGGGGAAUGCAGGGCGGGGACUCCAUGCUGGACAGCCCAGAGAUGCUCGCCAUGCAGCAGCUCUCCUCGCGGGGGUGCCCGGCAGGCAUGCCUUACCGCCCCCGCCAACCCGUGCCGCCCCCUGCGCCUGGCCCUUUCCCCCCAGUGGGCGUGGCGGCCCCCAAGCCUGCCUCGGGGGACCCUGGGCGGACACAGGACAGCAGGGAAACACUGGAGCCUGAGAACGGCCGAGCAGAUCCCUUGCCUGGGCUCGAGGAGAAAGCAGCCAGUGUUGGUGCUUUGGAGGGGGCGUUCCUCAAGCAGCUACCUCACCCCGCGCCCCCACUGCAGGCCGACUGUGCCAGGCGGAGCUCGCCCCAGGGAAGGGAUUCGGAUGGCCCAGAGCUCAGGCGCGAGUCCUCGGAGCCUGGAGACAGCUGCCCAGUGAGCGCGGGCAGGGGCGCCUGGCUCUCGGGGAGCGGCUUCGCAGGCGCAGCCGCCCAGGGGUGUGCCCUAGCUGACCCGGGGGCACUGCCUGAAAACGGACUGAGGGUGGAAGCCUCCCCGUGUGGGUCCGAGGGCAAGGGCAGAGCGCCACCAGAGGCCAUGCCACCCGCCGAGCCCACAUGCGCCCCCCUGUAUGCGCCUGGCCUGGAGUACCCCAGCUCCACUGCACGGUACCACGUCGGCCCAGGCCUGCAGGCUGUGGGCCCCGUGAUGGGGGGCAAGCCCUCAGCCCCGCACCCUCAGCCUUUUCCCCCUCGGGCGUUUCCGUCCCACGACCCUCAUUCUGGAGUCUUCCCCCGGUACCGCCCCCACCAGGGAAUGAGGUACCCCUACCAGCCGCCACCUCAGCCUUCCUACCAUCAUUACCCGCGGACUCCUUAUUACUCGUGUCCACAGGGCUUUUCAGACUGGCAGAGACACCUCCCUGCCCCGGGAAGCCCGAGCGGGCCCCCGCCGGCUCAGCCUGCCCCUGCCAGGCCCCUCUUCCUCGAUAAGAGCGUUGGGGCUGGGCUGCAGGGCUGCGAGGCACUGAGCGCUGCCUUAACUUCCCCCGCGCGGGUGGACACCGUGGUCGCCAAGACAGCUGAUGGGCAGAAUCCCGGCCCAGAGGAGAAGCAGGAUGAGUCUAUGGAGAGGCCAGAGAGUCCCAAAGAAUUUUUAGAUCUGGACAACCACAAUGCAGCUACCAAGCGGCAGAGUUCGCUGUCAGCCAGCGAGUAUCUCUACGGAACGCCCCCUGCACCGCUGAGCUCGGGGGUGGGCUUCGGUUCGUCUGCUUGCCCCCCGCACGGGGUGAUGCUGCACGCGGGGCCUCCUUACCCGCCGCAGCGGCCGGCCGGGCAUUUCCAGCCCAGGGCUUACUCCUCCCCCACGGCUGCUCACCCACCUCACCGCCCAGUGGUGGCCCAGCCCAAUGGCCUGUCCCCCGAGUGCCCCCUCUACCGCUAUCCAGAAGAGGGCCUGGGCCACUUCCAGGCUGUGAUGAUGGAACAGAUGGGCCCUGGAAGUGGGGUGAGGGUGCCUUUCCAGGAGAUGUACAGACCGUCCGGACUGCAGAUGCACCCGGCCCAGUCCCGGCCCUCGUUCCCAAAGACGCCGGCACCAGCAGCGCCACAGGAGGGGCUGCCACCACAUAAGCCCCCAACACUUCCUCUCGAUCAGAGCUAGUCCAAGGAGGAAACAAGCCCCAGGGAAACAGAAAGCUGCAUAUGACGAGGGUGGAGAAUGGGGAGGAGGGGGGCGCAGCCCCACCCACCUCUCCCGUCAUUGGCAUCACUUCGUGCGUCCCAGAGCCUGGACGCCCCUCCUCACCGACGCACCUGCUCGCGAGGUCCUGGGCGAGAGUGGAGACCAGAUGGGCUGGACUCUGGUGGCUUUUCCAGACCCUGAGACUCUUGUUCAGGGAAGAUCAUCCUGACCUGGGGGGGCGGUGCUGGUGGGCUGUCAUGGCAGCUGCACUCAGGUAUACGUUUGGGGAAGGGACUACUCGUGUUGGAUGUGUUUGGAGCUGGGUCCAGUUUACAGAGUUUUCAUGUU